AUGCUCUUGAGACCCAUACCCGCGCCCAUGGCCCCACCCCACGUGCUUCCGCGCUUUUGCGCGCAACACUGCUGCUGGCAGAGGCAGGUGAGGAGGGGAAGUGAGGUGAUCAUGGGAGGUGGGUGGAGUAUGAGGGGUGUGGCGGGACAAUUUCUCCCUCGUGCUCGUGCCCAUGGCCCCACCUGCUUCCGCGCGUUUCCGCCCAUGACACUGGUGCUGGCAGCGGCAGGUGAGAAGGGCAGGUGGGAAGGGGGGCAGGUGAGAAGAGGUGGGGGAGAGGUGGUGGGGAAGGGACGUGAGAUGGUGCGAGUGCUGGUCGCUACAGCAGUGAGGGAGGCAGCAGCUGGGGGAGGUGACAACUGCCUGCCUCCCAGCUUUGCUGUCUUCCGAUGUGUUCCCACCCAUACUUACUGCACUUCACCCCUCUUCUCACCUCUUCUAUCUUUUCCUUCCUGCCAGAUGGUGCGAGUGCUGGUGGCAACAGCAGUGAGGGAGGCAGCGGCAGGGGGAGGUUACGACUGUCUGUUGAGACUGGCAACAACAGGGGAGAGGCGAUCCACUGCCCCCCCUGCGCCUGCUGCUGGGCUGUGCCUGGUGGACGUGGGGUACAGUGACGCUUUACCACCUCCGCUAUAA